AUGAACGACGAGCAGAAGGCAGACGUCUUCAACAAGCUGUUGCUGCGCAAGACGAACUACGAGAUCUGCUCCGAGAAGUAUAAGGUGAUGAACAUUGCAUGCCUUCACGCUGGUUUGGCUCGUCAUCUGACCUGCUACUGGAUGCCAAGAUGGGUGGCGACGGAAGGAGGAGCUUCAGCUUUCGAGACCGUGAAAGAAAGGAGGAAUUGGCCAACGCGGGCAAGACCUGUGGUGGAGAAGGUGAGCGCCUACUUCGCGAUUUUCUACGUUUGCUACAUAACCAUUAUUGUUUUCGCGGUUAUACGUGUAAUCAGCGCCAUUUUUCUCAAAGAUACCUUAGAUGCUGCACACAGCGAUGCGGACAACAUGGUUGCCGAGAACCUGGCAAAGAAGGCGGAGUACGUCAAGAAGCUCGAAAGCUUCUUCAAAGCCAUCGAUGAGUUCGGGGAUGGCUUGAUUACAGAAGAGAGACUCACCGACAUCCUGUCCAACCCAAAGGUGGCAGCUUACUUUGCUACCUUGGACGUCGACGUGCAUGAGUCUGCUGCUCUUUUCCACCUCCUCGAUGAUGGAGACGGCCAGGCCGCGGUGUUCAGCCCCAAGAAAGGUACCCGCAACGUGGAGGCGCUGCUUCACGGCUAUAUCAAAAGCAUCAGUGUGACCGGAGGCCUCGAGGUGAAGGAGCCACGAGCCUCCAAGGAAGCCGCAAAGGGCAAGGCAGCGAGAAAGGAAGCGCCGAAACAAGCACAGCCCGAGCCAAAAGACAAGCGCAAGGCCAAGGGCAAGUCGUCCGACAGAUUGAGAUUGAAGCGUCUACACCAGGUGUGGCACCUCCACCUGCCCAGCAGAGGCCUUCGCCGGGCACGAAAUCGAAGCUGUUGGGCACCGGCUUUGCUGUGCGCUGGCCUCGAUACUCACCUCGACAUAGAAGAUCGCGAUCUGAUUAGCCAGCCGACGAGCGAAGAGAAGUACCAGAACUUCAGCGACAGCAGCAUGCGGGACCGCGUGGCUGCAGCGCGCUCGCACGAAUACCAGCCACCACCUCUUAGCCCAGAGGAGGAUCCAUCGCAGCAUCCGUCUGGAUUUACAUCGAGCGGAUGGGACAAGUAUUACUUCUUCAGCGAUCCAGCCAACUGUUCCGGCGGCCUGCAUCCAACAGCGCGGCUGGGGCGCAAUCGUCCGGCGAUGAAUGGGCCACAGACCUUCACGAUCGAGGCUUUCAGCCCAGAAGAGCUGGCUUUUGCACGGAAGAAGAUUGAAAAGAAGGGUGCACGCACCUCCUACACCGAGGCGUUUAGCCAGUUUCCCCGAAAUUCCACAGCGAUACUCGGGCCCAUCGAGAGGGCCACAGGGCCGCACAUCAUGAAGCAUGCCGCCGCUACGGGACAGUCUGUGUCAGACACACUCAGUCAAGCUGGCUUGGGCACCUUAAACCGCUCCUUGACAGCGCCAGAGCUCAUGGCAGGGCCCCUCACGGCUCACCGCAUGGGCCCUCACUGGCCCCCUCCCGGCCCGGAGCGACCAGACCCAUUGAAGACUCGGCAGCAGCUCAUGGCCAUGGGCCCCCAUCGCACCUUCGUGGAGCUUCACGCCAAGGAUCGGAAGGCACCAGGGGAGUACCUCUACACGGCGUCCGCCUUGUCGCAGAAAGAUGUCCUUCAGCUCACAGGCUAUGUACAAAACCUUUGUGUCGACAUUGUGAAGUCUGAUGACGACUGCUCAGUGUCACAGGACUGCUCCCCGCUGACCCAUUACGAGUGCUCGGAGCUCUACGUUUCAGACGUGGCUGUCAAUGUUCUGGAGGUGGAGAUGGAGUUUGAAGGUCACGUGACCUGGUGGUCCUUCGUGGAAACUCAGCAGAAAAAGCUCUGUGUUGGCAAGAAUGCGGGGAAGGGCCCCCAGGCCUUGACAGCGGGUGAUUGCAUUCUCUGGGAGUACAACACUCAGAAAAGCCGGGAUGCCUUUGAGAUUCUCGUUGCCAUCUUCGAUGCUGGGGAAGAGAUGGUUGCACAUGAGCUGAAACGUGGUAAUGUGCAGUUGGAUUGGUCUUAUGGCCAAGUUCAGAUUGCCACGCCUGGCACGUACUUCUUGCGUUUCUUUCUUGGUUCGUACGAUGCGACAGGUGGUGGCCUUGUCGGAGCCAGAAUGGAAGUGCGCGUCUACCAGAACUUCCAGCUCAAUCUCCACGACCUCAACGCUCUCAAGCUCUACAAGCGCGACGGUAAUGAAUCGAGCGGAAUCGACAGCCAAGUCGCGGCCUGCAACUGCUCCUGCCCAACGGAGGAAGGCGAAGGCAGCGAGACCGACCAAGUCUUUGCAUUGCUCCUCACAUUCGGAGCCAUUCUUGGCAUCCUUGUCGGCAUAGUCUUCGUUUGCCGGCUUGCUGGCGUCCGCGGCAAGCCCAAGAUUCAGCCAUCCCAGGAAGCCGGCCGUUUGGACAGCCGCACGGCAGCACAUGUCAGCGCGAGGCGCUGCGACAACCUGCAUGUAGGGCGACUGUCGGAGACGAAUCCGAGCCUCCCUGACAACGUGCGUGAGCUCUGUGCCGUGCUCCAGGAAUACCGCAUCCAAACCCCUGACCAGCUGCGGGCCCAGAGAGAGGAAGCUGGACACCCCGACAUUAAUCUGCGGAUGCCACUUUGGCUCGCCAUGGCGACUUUCGCGGAGAGCGAUGCGAGCGAUACCUCAGAGGCCGAAGAUGGCGAUGAAGUGCUGGAUUUCGAGGAGGUGCUGCGGAAGUUCCAGCAGAAGGCAGCACAGAGCCUAGACGAGGAAUACGAGCUCCUCAUGGCUUUGUUGCAAAAGUUUCAAGGUAAGAGCCGCUGGAAGCCUAUCGUUUCCAGCUUCUGCACACUGGCCGCCCGUCCUCGCACCAAGGUGCAGGAAUCGCCGAAGAUUCCUAUCGACUUCCCGUUUUGGAUGGAUUUUCGGAACCUGAAGCGUUUGGUGAUGGGAGGUGACUCAGCGCGCUUCUAUCACACGAGCUUUUGCAACAUGACUUGGGGCUUUGAGGAGCCUUUUUCCAGGCGUCGGGCAGGGCAGAUCAACGGAGCAAUGUUUGAUCAUUUUUGCAUGACCGUUUUGGCAACCUACCCUUUCGAAAGGGCUGGACCCUGGAUCAAGGGCUUUUGCUGCACAUCCGACCGUUGCAAGUGGCAUUUUAUUACGCGCAAAGCAUUGGACAUGCUAGGCAAGGAAGGUGAUGGCCAGCAAGUGCUCGAAAAGCUGGCAGACAUGGCCAGGACUUCUUCGAAAGAGUUGAUUUAUGACAAAGAAGGAGAUAAUUCAGCGUCAUGGUGGAAAGAAGCCCUUCCGCUUUGGACUGACAUCUGCUGUCCAGCUGUGCAUUGCGUGUAUGCAAGGCCGCUUAGUGUGCUUCGGAAGCCUUUGGUUGAACACCUGUGUCGGCAACAGAAACAGGCCGCUCUGGCGAUGGAGCACCCAGCGACCACAUGGCAAGCCCUUGCGAAGCAGAUGUGCUUGAAGCCGUGGCAGGCCGCAGAUGUGAAGGCGCACGUCCACCUCAAGAAGAAUCGAAGCAAGCACUGGUCAGCGCGAGUGGAGCAGAGAUUGAGCCAUGCGUACGCUCGGUGGAUGUCGGAGCUGCUUCCAAGCUUGAGCCCCGAUGAUGCAGAGCGGCUGGCCGAGUGGCACGUGAUUUGGGAGUGGGAACGCAAGCUCAUACUGUCCAUAUAUGCCACAGACGCGUUAGUCUACUGGAAGGAGCUGGUGGGAUUCAGCUUCCAGGAGUUUCAGAUGUGCGCCCGUGGCUUCUUGGAUUCAGAUCUCCCUAGCCUCUGCUUCUUGCCUGGGGUUGAUGUGGACAGAAGACUGCUACGAUUCGCGCUGUGGGGUGCCUUUCUGACUGAGUAUGUCGCUGCGGCGCAACGAGACGAUUGGACAAUCGGCGCAGACUGCUCUCAAGCAGAGGAAGCUUCUGCCACACAUGCCCCGGAGAAGAUGUCACCAAGCGCAGACGAUGCCCCCGCGACGCAAGCCGAAAGCCGUCCUCCCGGGCUGCACCAGGCACGCCUGAGACCAGGCUCCAUGGUCCUGCACGUUGCCAGCGGAGACGUUUCUUCUUCUAGGUGUGGCCUGCGCGGCGAGCUCAUCACAGCCCAUGGCCAGACCUGCAUGGUGAAGUUCCCCAACCAGUUCCAUUUGCAAGAGUUGACAAAAACCUUGCUGGCAGUUGGUGAGUCGGAGAAGUGCCAGGCAUGCAACAGACUAGUUGGCUUCCUGGCCCUCGCACGCAGCGUCCUGCUCGCGGACCAGCUUGAGUUCGGACGAAGGAUUCUGGAGCAAGAGGUCGAGAUCCCCUGGCAAGAGGUUUGGAAGGCCCUGGCCGUUUUUCAGAACGUGAUCAAGCAGUUGAAACCGAUACUGGACGGAAGCGGAGAAAUGUAUGCUGGAGCUUCGCACUCGUACCUCAUGGCUGCGGCUUAUGUUUACAGCGCGCAAGCUGCUGGCUACAUUGGGGAGGGGGAGCAGGCGGUCAGCGAUGCUGAACAAGCUAUCUCGCUUUUGGCUGACCUGAAGUCUGGCCACGUGGUGCGGCUUCUGAAUCCAGAGGGUCACUCUUUUCUUCAGGCGCAAGCGCACUUUGCAAGAUCGGUUGGUUUGCAAGACACGGCUGGAUCUGCUGCUGCAGUGGAAGCCCUGGCUUCAGUCACAAAGUUGUGUGACCACUACGGCUUAUCAAGGCGGGACUGCAUGUACAUGCCACCGGGACAUUACUCGGAGCAGCGCCGCGACUGGAUUGCUGCAGCAUCUGCAGCGAACAGCAAUGGUCCAGAAGAGGAAGCUGGCCUGACAGACUCGUCAGAGGAAUCUGAGGAUUCUGAGGCGCUGCCCGAAGAAGAUACUUGGAUUGUGCCUCCGCCGCCAGAGCCUUUUUCUGAUGGUUGCAGCAAAGCGUGCUUCAAGUGCGGCUCGGCGGUGAAGAAACGAGGCUUGAAGAUUCAUCUACGCCGCGAGUGCAGCAUGCGUAGCAAGAGAUGUCCAUACUGCAGAGAGCUUUGCGAGGUAGGUUUCCUUGAUGAGCAUUGUGCUAUUGAUUGCCGGGAGUUUCCAGAACCAUGCAAGCUCUGCGGCGAGCCUGUCGCGCGAAGCCGACUGGAUGCUCACUUGGAUGCGGACUGCCGCUUUCGGAUUGCUCCUUGCCCACACGAGGGCUGCGCAUGGGAAGACGUGGCUGAUCAGCUGCAGAGCCACAUGGAAGACUGCAUCCAUGCCCUCCACACUUGCGAGUUCUGCUUGGAGGAGUUGCGAGCUCGCUUCAUGCCUUCGCACGUGUGUCCAGUGAUUCCCCGAGAUCAGCGCACCUGCAACCACCUGUACUUCUGCGUGCGGUGUGCACUGAAAUGGUCCAAGCAGGCCGAACUCUCUGACGGGAAGAAGCGGUCCGAGUGUCCGCUGUGCCGCAAGGAGUACGACGAUCUGGCUCCGUGCCCUCAGCAUCUGCUGGUCGACGUGGAAGAUGCCAAGAAGGACUUGAAAGCCUUGCAGGCCUUUCAUCUCAGGCUUUGCGAUUGUCCUGAAGAGUCUUGCCACUGGGUCUCUCCCCUGCACGUGCACUUCACGCACGGCAGCAUCUCGGAGCGCUUCAAGCAGGAGGAGAGCAGCUUCGGAUGGAAGCGCCCCAGCAUCCUGGACACGAUACGGCAACUCCUUCGGGGCUGCGAGCCCUCCGAGCUGGAAUGCCUUGAUGUCUCCUGGCACAAAGGGCGAAUCCAUGUGGCUGGCUCGGGCAACCGUCGACUCUGCAUGUGGCGUUUACUCUGCCUCUUCCAUCCCCACCAGUGGGCUCGGAUCAAGGUGAAGUUCCGCAGCCGGAGCGACCGUCGACUCCAUUUCAGUGCGGCAUUGGACACCGAAUGCAACGGAGACUUUGUGGAAGUGCGGCACGGACGCUAUGUCGGCAAGUCCUUGCACCCUUCCGGGAGUGACCCCGGAGUUGUGUGGGCCGAAGCAUGGGCGCUAUUGCGGCUGCGCCACAGACUCCGGUCCAGUGCAGCAGCGACCGGGCAGGGUGGCGAGGCCUCGCAGUGCACAGUGCAGCGAGAGCAACGUGCGUCCCAUCUGGAAGAGCUAGAAAGCUUCGCGAAGAGCUGCAAGGUGGAAGAGGAUAGCUUGGAAUUUGGGGUGAAUGAAAAUUCGCAGACAUGUCUGGCCAUAAACCAGCAUGUGGAAUCGUGGCGGCGGCAUGAAGUCCGGCUCCCACAUGACGAGCAUUCCUGGACACAGCUGCGCCAGUGCAGUGCUGACGAGGCGGACGGAGCAAUCACACGAAAACUUCGUCAAGGAAAAAUGGCUCAGAAUACUGUGAGCAAACCUGGCAAGAUUGACAUCGACUGGAACGACAGACAGGACCACAGCAGCACGGCUGGGCUCUUCGCAAGAUACACUUUUGCACUAGAGGGCUUCCAGCUACUUGCUAUGGCAUCAGCGGGCAUCCGGGGACACGAUGCGGGACCACUGUUUGCAGGGGAGAUUGUGGUCGAUUGCCGCGGCCACUUGCUGGGUCGCCUUGCAUCUGUCCUGGCGAAGGAGCGUUCAGAGGAUAUCAACAUCUCCGGAUCCCUUUACCGCAACAAGCUGAAGUAUGCUGCCUUCAAGAGGAAGCACAUGAACUCCAAUCCACGACAAGGACCUUUCCAUUAUCGAGCACCAUCAAAGAUCCUUUGGCGCACCAUCCGGGGCAUGGUUCCCCACAAGACCGCUCGAGGAGCUGCCGCAUUGGAUCGCUUGAAGACAUUCGAGGGCAUUCCUCACCCAUAUGACCGCAAGAAGCGCAUGGUUCUGCCCAGCUGCCUCAAAGUGCUCCGCCUCCGCCCUGAGCGCCGGUUCUGCCGCCUCGGCGACCUUUCGAAGGAGGUCGGAUGGAAGCACGGCGCUCUCAUCGAGCGCUUGGAGAGCCAGCGCAAAGUGAAGAGCGAGGCAUUCCACAAGAAGAAGGUGGCCGCAAAGCGAGCGCGCUCGGAAGCCCUGAAGGCGGUGAAGCUGUCGGCUGAGGACCAGAAGGCACUUGAAGAAGCGGGCUAUGCGUAA